CUGCAGAUUUGUAAGAGAUUUAUUUGUGCUCAGUUGCAUACUAUAAUUAGCCUAACACGAGAACAAAGUUAUAUUUAUGCAUAGUACAAAGUUGGUAAAUAUAGAUCCAAUGUAACUAGACAAGGUAUGCCACCUCAAAGAAAAUCGGUUAGUAGCAUAACUGACUUAGAGGCCAUAACAAACGGAGAUAUAUAUACACACACAUAUAAGUAGAGUCUUUGAGAUUCAGCCUUCUGGUAUAAACCUUCACAAAGGAUUCCAGAUCCCCCAAAAUAGGGGAGGGUGUCAAUAAAUGCACUUGUUGCAUCACCAUAAAAAAUGCCAACUGUUUCCAAAAACACCAAAAGAGAUUUGAGGGAGGCAAGAAAAGAAAUCAAAAGAACAGGUUGCUUUUGUAGCCCUCUUAGCACAUAAAAAUAUAACAUUGUGUCGCGUUCCACCUCCAGCGGCGCCCGAAGCACGCUCACAGCCGCUCACACAGCCGGCCAGACACGCACAGACACUCGGCCGGAGGCAGGCAGCGACUUACCUCUCGAACCCGUGCACGGCACAAACCACGACAACGACGGGAAAAACGACACAAGCACGCAGUUUAAUAAAAAUAUAAACACGAAUACACGUACACACUCACACCAACAAAAACCAGAUAAACGGAUCAAAAACACACCUACGAGUACUCGUCAAAUAAAUAUAAAAACAACAGGGGACUGCCUCCCGCAAAGAAGUUACAAAUAAAAUUCACACACAGCAGAGAAAAUACAAAGUGCACUGCGACACAGCACAGUCAAGUGUCCGUUCAGGGUGUUCACAGAACCAGCGGUGCCACCCCCUCUCCCUCUGGACCAGCUGUCCAGCAGACCUCACUACCUCGGCCGGGUAGACCUUGGUCACGGAGUCUCGGCUCGCCGGCCCUGGAACAGGAGCGUCCCCAGGCGCUGACAGAAAGGCCGAAACUGGCUAAUAACUAAAGACUGAAGACAGCAGUGGGUGAUGUUUGUUUAUAUUAUUGCUGCUCUGAGGUAAAGGUCAGACCAAGAAACCUCUAAAUUUUUGGAAAGUAGAAAACUUGAACUUUGCAAUGAAAGUAAUAAAACUCGCCUUCCCCGUGUUUUCCCGGCCAAGCCAUGAUGGUGGCCUAUCAUGGGUACAGGGCUAAUUAAAGCUCGCUGUGCCCAGGCAGCAAGUAGCCGCCUCUGAUCGAUGGCGUCGCGCGCUUGCCGCGAGGAGGCGCCAGCAGGCCACACCCUUGCUCGGGUACUUGUCUGUGUACAACACCCACAUCGCGUCCACCCGUCAUUGGCCACGACGAUGACACCAGAAGAGAAGAGGGAGUGUAGAUGUCUGCUCCGCUUUUUAAGUUAUGAAGAUCUCGUGUCUUUGAAAGACACUGUAGUGGGACGAACAUUUCCCGUGAAAAAAAGGCGGGAGAUGAUAAACGUAAUCAUACGAGGCCAUUCAAGUGCAGGAGACCUACUUCGCCGCAAAAAAAUUCAAAGAGAAAUUCUUUUCCGGUAUCUUGAAUCCAAGUUGAUCCCUGUUACAUCAAGAACAGAGAAAUCUGUCUUAAUCACAAAAGUACUGGCUCUCUGGACAUCUCAGCAGCCCUUUGCUUCUAACACCUAUCGAGGAGCUCCUACCUCACAGAGAUCAACAUCACGAGCAGCCACUGCUUCUAACACCAGUCGAGCAUCACCUACUUCACACAGAUCAGCAUCACGAGCAGCCCCUGCUUAUAACACCAGUCGAGCAUCACCUACUUCACACAGAUCAGCAUCACGAGCAGCCCCUGCUUAUAACACCAGUCGAGCAUCACCUACUUCACACAGAUCAACAUCACGAGCAGCCCCUGCUUAUAACACCAGUCGAGCAUCACCUACUUCACACAGAUCAGCAUCACGAGCAGCCACUGCUUCUAACACCUCUAGAGCAGCUCCUACCUCAGACAGAUAUACAUCACGAGCAGCUCCUACCUCAGACAGAUAUACAUCACGAGCAGCUCCUACCUCAGACAGAUAUACAUCACGAGCAGCUCCUACCUCAGACAGAUAUACAUCACGAGCAGCUCCUACCUCAGACAGAUAUACAUCACGAGCAGCUCCUACCUCAGACAGAUAUACAUCACGAGCAGCUCCUACCUCAGACAGAUAUACAUCACGAGCAUCCACUGCUUCUAACCAACCACUCCAUCAAGACCCAAGAAGAACCUUUUUCUACAAGUACACAAAGACUACGAGAAGUAUGAAGGUAACACGUUUUAUCAAACAGUGCUGGAAUACUGUAUCAAGAAUAAAUUUUCUUACAGGAAAAUAUUCCUCUUCUGAAAAGGAGUGCCAGAGUUUCUUUACAAGAGGUCAUCUCCGAAAUUCUCUUGCCUUUUUAAAGUUCCUUUUAUGUUAAUACAGUGUUACUAAACCAGAUAUUUUUUCUUCAAUAUUUGAUUAUUCUUAACUUGAUGUUUUCACAACAAUAAUCUCCAAACGAGUUUUUGUACUUCAUUUUGUUUCACUUCCUCAUUCGUCUUGCAGCCCAUUGCAUCUCACACCAGAGAGGCAUCACCUACUUCACAGCGCCCUGCAUCAAUGACAGCCACUGUUUCCGUAACAGCCACUAUUUCAAACCAGCCACUACAGGAGACAUCUCCAAAAAGAAGUUGCUAUGAAUAACUACAGAAUCAAAGAAUUCCCAAGGUAACAGUGCAGCAAUACCAAACUCAUUAUUUGCUUAUAAAGUGGUAAGCCACUGGAACUCUCUUUCUCCAAACAUGAGAUCUGGACCUGAGAGGUUUCCAAACACCUUUUCAAAUUUUAUUGAAGCUUUCUAUUUCUUGCCUUUGAAAAUGUGAAUGAAAUUUGAAAUAGGAAUGAAGUCAGAUAAAACCUAACUCUGGAAGUAAUGAGAAGAUAUUUAUAGUCACAAAGUUUUGUCAAUAGUCAGUCUCUAUUACUUCCAGUACUAGUUAUCCUUAAAAGAUCACCAUCUUCUCAAGCUAUAGUUCUGAUAAUCUCUGCAACCCCUACCCCUACCAUCGUCUAAUCUUUUUCAGGCUGUUUCAGCUUUUGUGUUUCACAUCAUAUCCUGUUUUUCUUCAGUUCAGGGUAAGUUUAUCUAACACCACCUGUCUGGCGACAUCUGAUUCACAGAGACAGGUAUCACAAACAACCAGUGUUUAUAACCAGCGCUUGCAAAAGACAAGUAUAAGAAAUUUCAAUGAAGACCACAAGAGUCUGGUUGUGAGUCAAUGCCAACAGAACCUACAUAAAAAAA